AUGGGUCGUGUGCCUAGUUGCACUAUCACUGAUCAAGAUCCAUCGAUGCGGAUUGAAGUUCCACGGGUGUUUGAUACUACGUGCCACAGGUUUUGUAUGUGGCAUAUAAUGUCAAAGGUUGGUGAGAAGGUUGGUAAUGUUUUAUCUAAAGAUGAGGAGUUUCGGCGUGCUUUAAAUGAUGUUGUUUGGAAUGAGACGUUGUCUGUGGACAAGUUUGAGCGGGGUUCGCAGGACGUAAUGGAAAAAUAUAGCCUUGGUGAUCACCGUUGGUUUCGUCUUAUGUAUGAUCAGAGAUCAUUUUGUAUCCCUGUGUCUUUUAAUGAUGUUUUCAUGGGUGGUUUGCUGCGCACGACAUCUAGGUCUGAAGCUGCGAAUAGUGUGUUUGCUAGUUGCACAAACCAACAUACUAGUUUGUCUGAGUUGUUCAACAAUUUUGACGGAGCUAUUGAUGCCCAACGUGUGUCACAAGCCAAAUUAAAUGCAGAACGUGAGGGCCAUUUUCCUUUGUGCCAAACACCAUUGUUGAUUGAGAAGCAUGCGGCUGCAGUAUAUACUAUCAAUGUUUUUUACGAUGUUCAAGCCGAGGUUGUUGCAGGGUCUUUUUCGUGUCGUUCUGUGAGUUCAAAUGUUGAUGGGAUGGUAACCCGUUAUGAGGUUCAAGAUGGUGAUGAGUUGGUCCACACUGUCAUUUACGACCCUGCUAAUACUGUUGUGGAGUGCACGUGUAACUUGUUUACACGGGUUAUCAAGGUCACUAGUGCUUUGAAAGACUUGAACGCUGGUUUCAUUGCCGAAAAUGGCCCCAACAAUCAGCCGUCUAGUUCUAAGAACAACUAUUUGAUUCGUUUUGCAGUGCUUCGCCCGAUGACCAAGUUGAUAUUCGUCCUCUUCCUCUUUCUCUCUCUCUAA